GUAGUGCUGAUCUGCAUUGAUUAAUGACUUCUUCCAUUGAAAUUAAGUCCUUCUCGCUCUUUCAAUGAAUGCUCAGUCAAAAAGAAAAAUAAUCAGGAAAGAUAUGGUCUAGAAUUGCGGAUACGAUUGAGAAUAUCGACAUGCGAAUGAAUUCAUGAUUUGAUUUAUACGGUGUGUACCUUUUCAUGAUCGCCAAUAGCUGUGCAAAAUGAGCAAUUCUGUUGAUUGCUGAUCAUAAAAUGCAGUCUGAGCUUUUUAAAUACACGCAUGCAUGAAGCAUAUAAAGUUUGAUAGUGGUGUUAUAAAAAGGGGAAAAUCUCUUUUGCGUUUAAAUAGACCUUGAAUGGUCAAACGUAGAUCUGAGCAGACUGAAAGGAGUUUAUUAACGGUUGUUUUUGUCUAAAAACAAACAUUGAAGGAAUACAGCGCGCCGAUCGUCGGAAUUUGAAUCAUGUGUUUCGUUUAAUACUGGCAGCCAUCAAGGAAAGAUAUAACCUACAGGCGUCCAUUGAUGUCGGACAGUGGACUGUGCGUGUAAUGGACUAUAGCAACCUUCAUCGGGGAAGACAGAUAAAAAUGGACCAGACAGAUUGUGACUGACACACGGGAAGGGCACCUGUUUGUUUGUAAAUAUAUGAUCGACAAUAUUUGAGAGAAUUACUUCAACAUGUCAUUGGACUUAUUCGAGACGGUGUUCAAAGAAACAUUUGUGUUGUCGGAUAGGAGGAAGAAGGUUGGCAACUACACGUUAGGACGAGUGCUGGGAAAGGGAGCGUUUGCCACUGUCCGGCUGGGAACUCAUCUACUCAGUGGAGAGAGUGCUGCCGUAAAAGUUGUUCCGAAGAAGUCGAUCCUUCAGAGAGACAAAGCACUCCGGCGGUUUAGUAGAGAGCUGUACGCCCUGAAACGGCUGGACCAUACCAACAUCGUGCGUAUGAGAGAAUGGAUGGAAACAGAUCGAAACUUCUACCUAGUCCUGUCCUACAUAAACGGGGACACGCUCAGGCAGUAUCUACGUGAAGUAACGAGACUGAGUGAAAAUGAGACUAGGCGAUACUUCCUCCAGAUGACUUCUGCCAUUAACUACAUGCAUGCACAGAAUAUCUUACACCGCGAUAUCAAACUGGACAACAUGGUUCUUCAGGGAGGGGUAAAAGUAGUCAUAGUUGACUUUGGACUAAGCAUCGACGUAGCUUACUUAGAUAAUCCCAAGAUGUGUGGCUCGCCCGCCUACGUGGCCCCUGAAAUACUUAUCCGGCAAACCUUCACUAUUUCAGCAGAUAUUUGGAGCCUAGGAAUAUGUUUGUGUUACCUAGUAACGGGUAGUCAUCCUUUCCAUAUGAACUCGGUCUCUAAUGACCAUCACUCCAACCUUUACUUCAAAAUUCUACAGGGCAGCAUCCUACCCAGCUUUUUGUCAGAAGAGUGCAGGGAUCUCAUCAAACGCAUGCUGUCGGUGGAUCCUGUCAACAGAAUAACGACCGAGGAAAUUCUGGCUCACACGUGGUUAUCGCGUUUAACCAGCUGAUAGGAAUUGCAUCUGGUUCCAUGAUGAUCUUUAGUGCAAUAUAGACUUUUUUUUAAAAUUCUGUAUAUGAUUAAACACGGUGCUUAGUGCUGACAACAAAACAGACAUCUAGUGCAUGCAGUUACUCUUUUUAUCCCGUCCUUUUUUUAAACAUUGUCAGCAACCAAGUUUUUUGUACCCUAUUUUGCAUAUACACGUACGGAUCGGUUUUUUUCAAUGAUGAUAGUAAAAUGUUCUGUUUCUAU